AGAUUAUAUAUCUAUGUAUCCAUUCGCGCGCGAUUGAAUGCAGGCCAAAGUGGUGAAAAAAUUUGGAUUUUACUUAAUGUUGUGCAAUCCUAGAGUUUGAAAAUAAAAUGUCAUCAAAAUUGAGCAAAGAUAUGGAACAAAAUACAUCGGUGUUAUUGGAAUCAUCUUUUUUUCCCGAAUGUUGGACAGACGAUAGAAGAAUGGGUGUGUUAUUAGCUGAGUUUCGUCCAAGGCAAUUGAACUCUGUCAGCUAUGAUACAAAAAUGAAAUUUUGGAAAGACCUUAUCAUGUCGUAUUGUAAAGCAAUGGGAUCCAGUGUAGUAUCUAUCUCCAUGCUAAAAGAAUGUUUCCGCCGUAAGAAUACAGUACCACACUGCUUGCAAACCGUUGUUGAUGAUAUGUUAGCAAAAGAAGAAUUGAUAAGAGAAAAACAACUGCUUGAAAAUCAAAGCGGUUCGACGUUUAGCGUGACUUCGUGGAUGCUAGAUAUUUUCGUAAAAAAACCGCUCAAGUUGGGAUAUGAAACCGUUCGUGCUACAGUAUUGGGUUCAACUAAUAACGAUGAAAGCACUAAUUUCAUAGCAAUGCCUGUAGCACGGCUUCACGCAAAUAUGGUAGAAGAGAUUGUAAACAAUAACAAAUUGUACAAUAAAGUGAUGAGUUUGGAUGAGUUAUCCAAUCUGAUCAAUCAAUCAUCUAAAUUAAUGAAGACCGGAUUGCAACCUGCAUUAAUCUUGUUAUCCCAGAGCAACCGUUUGACCAUCGAGACAGUCAAGCAUGGUGAAAAUAAAACGGUAUUGAUAAAAUUUGCUUCACCUAGUGCAGUCGCUCAGCCAAUAACACAGAUCGAACAAUCUAUAUUUGAACUGGAAUUAAGCGAAUUGCAGUUAAUGAAAGAUAUAAACGCCAUUGAAAGUAAUAUUAAUCAAACUAUGACACAGGCUCGUGAAUAUGUCAGAAAUGGUCAAAAACAGAUGGCAAAAACAUCUUUAAAAAAGAAACAUAUGUUAGAAAAAAACAUGCAACAAAAAAUCAGCGCUUUGGAAAAUUUACAAGAAAUGUUAUUCAAAAUUCAUAAUAUUCAAUCGGAUAAAAAUGUAUUAGAAGCAUACAAAUUAGGUUCAACAAUGUUGAAAAAAGCCUUCGAAAAUGCAGGGAUAACACUAGAACAUGUCGACGAAACAUUGGCUGAAAUGAAAGAAGUUUUAACGCAACACGAUGAGGUGCUUACAAUGAUCGGUGCAGUGUCUGUGAACGACGUAGAUGAAUUGGAGCUAGAACAAGAACUAGGUGAUUUAAUCGACAUGAAGCUUGCAGAAAAUAAAAUCGACGUAACAGGCAAGCUUCCAUCGCCUACAAUGCCUAUCAUAGACCCAGCAAUACCUUCAUCAAAGAAGGAAGAUUUCGAUGAGCAAAUCGAAAAACGACUUGCAGCGUUAAGAGUUGAUUCAUCCGAGGUUCAUAAAUUAGUCGAUCAGAAAAUGUAAUGUUUAUAGAGAGAGAUAGAGGAUAGAAGAUAGAUAGAGGAGACGAACAAAUAGAGGAUGAAGCACAAAAAUUAUACUCCUUUCUUCAACUGAACAGGUAGGGAGAAAAAGUGUGCAUUGCGCUACUAGACUGGUUAACUCAUCCUCAGUGGUAUCAUUUAGAAUCGUAGACUCAUUUACCCAUGUCACCCAGUAUGAGGCAUUACUGGUGUACCCAGUCAACAAAGCAUUGCGGUUGCGAUACAUUUUCUCCCUUUGAAGUUUUAUAACACACAUUUUCUGACAAUUGUAAUUAGUUUUGUAAACUAGCUAGUUUACACGAUGUUGUCCGGGUCUAUGUUCUAUUAGCGGCCUAAAUAUCACACUAUACAAAUAAUUAAUAACACACCUAAUCUUUUCAAUGAAAACUCAUGAGCACAUUCAAAGAAAGAAGUCUACAAGUCACAGGAU